AUGCCAUCACUUUCAGUUAACCUAAUCACCGUCGAAGAUGCUGUAAGCGGUAUUAUGUUGGCAGUGGAACGAGCUCAAAACGCUGAAGUAUGGAACAUCGGUGGUCCAAAGGACUACUCGGUGGAGGAAAUCAAGCAGUUUAUCAACGGAAAACACGCAGCUCCUUCCUGUCAACCCUCAAAAUUCAAUACUGAAAAAGCAUCAAAAGAGUUGAACUUCCAUGCUAAGAACGAUGUGAUCAAAGCGCUAACAACUUUGAGCAACUCAUCACAGCCAAUUCACUCGUCUGGAUCCGUUGCAAAAAUCUUACUAUAUGGCUCAAAAGGAUGGAUUGGACGUCAGUUCACUCAAAUGCUCCAGGAGAAGAAUAUCACUUACGUGGAAGCUACAACGAGACCCGGAUCCGACCCAGAUGAUGUCAUACGGGAAGAAAUCGUCCGAGUGGCUCCCAGCCAUGUUAUCUCGAAUGAUAGGACGAACACAAGGCGA